AUGCAGCCCUCCACUCCUUUUGUCGACGUUGAAAAAUGUGGAUCGGAUAGCUCAAGAGAUGCUAUUAUCGACGUGGACAUCACCAGUCGUGCAGUCACGCUAGUGAACAAGGAGGCAAUUCUACAGGAGUACCCAACGGGCUACCCCCUACAAGCGGCUUUCCAGUCGAGUGAAUCCAGCUGGUCCAUCUAUCGCGGGUUCAGUUACCUACACGCUCGCGUCAUACUCGACUUGCAGGACGAGCUACGUUGUUUGGAAGAGGAUUUAGAAGAGGUAGACCUAGAGAAUGAAGGAGAGGAUCGGCUGCGGUCUCGGAAGGACGAUCUUAGGUUUGCGAAGGAUCAAGGCAUAGUCAGCCCUCGUGCUAGCCUCCUAGAAAAGAUCAGGAGCAAACUCGUGAGCUACGAUGAGAUUCUCGUCAAAACUAGAGAGCUGAACGCUUUCCAGCGGCCAUCCAACCGCGACUACCGCAGCUUUCGCACAUGGUUCUGGAACAAGAAGCCGCUUAGCUACGAGCUAGAAGAGCAGUUCAUCAAGCGUAAGGAAGACCUUGUUUCACUCCGACACGGUCGCGAAUGGUCCGGUUUCGACGGACUCAUCGAAUCCUGCAUCCAGAGGGUACAUUAUCGCCUCGUCCAGAAGGUAUUCGCAACGAAAGAACUUCGCGACAAGACGAAUGACGAGCAUGUUCACUACUACUCUCAGUCUCGCAUAAAGAAGCUUGUUGGGCUGAUCAUUACACUCAUCAUCUUUAUCCUCCUGGUACUCCCGGUUGUUGCCAUGUACAAGCUGACAUCGGUGGGUGAUCGUAACUCCACCUUCGACGCCGUUGGGAUUCUGGUUGUGUUCACAUUGCUAUUCUCUGCUGCCAUGAGCUUGCUCACAAAAGCGAAGCGACAUGAGCUAUUUGCAGCCAGUGCCGCAUACUGCGCCGUCCUGGUCGUUUUUAUCAGCAAUUUCAGCAAUGAUGGAAGCCGUCAAAGUGGAUGA